CUUAAUGGAUGUAAUUAUAAAUAUUGGUUUGAAUCUAAAAAGUCCUGCUGAAUUUGAACCCCAUUUUGAUUUAAACAUAUUAGGUAAUAGAUAUUAGAUGUAUGAAUUAAAGAAAGAUACUUUGAUUUUAUUUUUUAAUAAUUUGUCAUUUUAAGAGAAUGAGAGAGUUUAAAUUAAACGAGUUAAAUUGAAUAAUAUGUAUUAAACAUUAUGUAAUAUAAAUUAAUCAUAAUGCUAUAAGCAUUAAUAUCAUUAAGAGAGAAAAAAGAGAGCAUGAA